ACUUCCUUGUCACAAACCAAACCCUAAACCAUCUUUCUCAACAUGGCGCUUCUUCACAAGCAAAACAUUUCCUUUGUGAUACUCCUCCUCCUCGGUCUCCUUGCCGUCUCUUAUGCUUGUGAUUGUAGUGACCCUCCUAAACCAUCACCACACCCUGUUAAACCGCCAAAACAUCCCGCUAAACCACCUAAGCCCCCUACCGUUAAACCACCUACUCACACCCCAAAGCCUCCCACUGUGAAGCCUCCACCUCCAUACAUUCCAUGCCCUCCUCCGCCCUAUACUCCAAAACCUCCAACCGUGAAGCCACCACCACCUCCCUACGUGAAGCCACCACCACCUCCCACUGUGAAGCCACCACCACCUCCUUACGUGAAGCCACCACCACCCCCUACCGUGAAGCCACCACCACCACCCACGCCGUAUACUCCACCACCACCCACGCCGUAUACUCCUCCACCACCCACGGUGAAGCCACCACCACCACCGGUCGUUACCCCACCACCGCCAACACCAACCCCAGAGGCGCCAUGUCCGCCACCACCACCAACACCAUAUCCUCCUCCGCCUAAACCGGAAACUUGUCCAAUCGACGCACUGAAACUAGGCGCAUGUGUGGACGUGCUAGGCGGUUUGAUUCACAUCGGACUAGGGAAAAGCUACGCUAAGGCAAAGUGUUGCCCACUUCUUGACGACUUAGUGGGUCUUGACGCGGCGGUUUGUCUCUGCACCACCAUUAGAGCGAAGCUUCUCAACAUUGACCUCAUUAUCCCAAUUGCUCUAGAGGUUCUUGUCGACUGUGGUAAGACUCCUCCACCUCGUGGCUUCAAGUGUCCUACUCCGCUAAAAAGGACUCCUCUCUUGGGUUGAUCUCUUUUGUAUUUCAUUUGAUACAACAAAAAAGGGUUUGAGACGUUAAGAUCUACUAGAUUCUUAUUUAUGUUUUGCGAAACAAUAAUUAAAAGGGUCUAAAUUUAGUAAUUGUUCUAAAAAUAUAAAGCAAAUUUUAUGUAUUGUAUGAUGAUUAUGUACGUUGAAAUAAUGUUAUCUGAAAUUUGAUUUUUAAAGGACAAACACUACGCAGUGGUCAUUGCUCAACGUGU